AUGAAUGAAAUGCCUAUGACCUGUCCUACCCUAAAUGUGAAAUCCCAGCAGAAGUGCAAAGCAAAGAAAAAUGUUAAGAAUACAUUUCAUUCAAAUGAAUUAUCAUUCAUUGAGCAGAGGGAAAAGCACCAAAAACAUAAGAAGCACAAAAACACAGCAGAAGACAUCUCUGGUGAAGAGAAUUUCUCACUUUUCCCAUGGAGACUCAUCUCUACUCUGCUCGGUGUCAUGUGCCUUCUCCUGAUGGCUGUAGCUGUAGCGGUGACUGUUUCUACUGCAAACUUAUCUUCAGAAAGAACAAUGACAGACAUUCCUUCCCUAGGACUUUAUCAUCCCUGCCCAGAGAACUGGGUCUGGCUCAGAUGCAGUUGUUAUUACUUCUCCAAAGAAAAGCUAAGCUGGAGAGAGAGUCAGCUGGCCUGCUUGUCUCUCGAUUCCAGUCUCAUAAGGAUUAGCAGUGAGGAGAUGGAUUUUUUUCAUUUGGAGUCUUUCUUUUGGGUUGGAAUUUACUAUAAUGGAACUAGCAAACAGUGGCGAUGGGAAAACGAUUCAGUUCUGUCCUCUGGGACGUUUUGUGGUUUUGGAACUGUUAUGCAAGACUCCUGUGCAUCUUAUAAAUCAAAAGGAAUUUGUUUUCUUGAAAAUUGUACAAAUAAACUGAAAUAUAUCUGC